ACAGAAACAGAGUCAAGAAGAGUCACCGUUCUACUCUCUUCUGCAUUAGUCGGAUCACACCUAGAACUCUGGAUCCUCUUCUGGGUCUUGCAUUUGAGGAAGAACGGUAACGUUGCAAGACAGCAAUCUGAUGAAGGAGCCUGGAAAGAAUAAGCUAUGAGGGUUUUCUGUCUGCUGCUUCCUGGGAUUUAUUGAAAGAUUUUGGGGAUUGAUCAAGAUACAAAUGCCCUUGAGAUAAUCAAGGUCAUUUAACCACUACUUAUGGUGGGAUAGCUAUGGCCUUCUGGAUUAAUCAUCAGUCCCAGCAACUCCAGCCAGGUUGCUGGAUAAGUGAAAAAGAAGCUUGUGAUUCCCCAGCUUGUGAGUUUCGCUCUUCAGCUGCCAUCACCUUGUCCUGUAGGUGCCGCUCUGAUCUGUGUAAUGCUAACAUCAGCUACGCCAAGUCUGGAAACCAACCUGCUGAAUCCUUGCUUAGUCCUGCCAAGAUUGCCUGGAUCACAGUAACCUGCCUACUGAUCCUCCUAUGUUUCUCGGCAUUUCCAGUUCUAAGGCAUCGGAAAGUUCAUGCAGAGCUCCUAAGACCAAAGGAAACUGGAGAACUCAACAAAGUAACGACAGGCUCAGAACUAAAGGAUGAGAAAAAACUGCCCAGGCUAGAGGUUCCAGAGCUCCAAUUCAUUCGGCUUCUCCACGAAGGGCAGCUUUCUAAACUGUGGCAAGGAACCUUUGGCCAGCAACCUGUGGCCAUCAAGGCCUUUCCUCCUUUGUGCCACCAACAAUUUGCAUCCGAGUGGGCCGUGUACAGCCUCCCGUUGAUGAAUCACGAAAACGUGGCACGACUUGUGACUGCUGGAUAUGGGGGGCCGAGUGAAGAACCGUGUGGUCUCCUGGUACUGCCACUGUACCCACUGGGAUCCCUACGGAACUUCCUCAGCCAUCACAUUUGUUCCUGGGAUACCAGCAUCCAGCUCGGAUCAUCCCUUGCCAGUGGCCUUGCUUUCUUACAUGAGGAGAAACGGAAGGAAGGCCUGCAUAAACCUGGGGUGGCCCAUCGUGACCUCAGUAGCCAGAAUGUGCUGGUGCGGGAAGACACGACUUGCGUCAUAACUGAUUUUGGCUUUGCUAUGACCCUCCCUCUGCGACACGAGCGGUCAAGAAAAGAUCCUGCAGAAGCCAUCGUGCACAAGGCAGGAGCUCAACGCUAUGUAGCUCCCGAAAUUUUGGAUGAGAACCUGAAUCUGCAGGAUGUGGGCUCUGCACUGAGGCAAGCGGAUGUCUAUUCCCUGGCACUGGUACUGUGGGAGAUCCUGAUGAGAUGCUCUUCACUUUUCCCAGAGAACAACAUUCCCCCAUUCCAGCUUGCCUAUGAAGCAGAAUUAGGCAGCAGCCCGACGUACAGUGAACUGCGAAGGUUGGCUGUUGAGGAAAGGCGAAGACCAAUCAUCCCACCAGCUUGGACAAGAUUUGGGCAAGUAGCUAUUUCCUUGCAAGAGCUCCUGGAAGACUGUUGGGACCCUGAACCAGAGGCUCGUCUGCAAGCUGAGUGCGCCCUACAAAGGUUGCAAAGGCUGGGCACUGAAGAUCUGGUGAAUGAAUACUGAGGUCAAAGCAUUUUAGGCUUUCCACUCAGAUUUGCUUGGACUUCUUUGCUUAGAAGAACUUUUAUGUUUGGCUGAGAAAAGCAAGAAGCCUUUAAGAGAAGUUCAUCCAGGUCCAAUAGGACCCUAUGGGGACGUUGUCAGAGUGGAUGCAUUUUUUAUAAGUGCUAUCCACUAAAUCAACUUGAAUUGUAUUUGUUAACGACUGCUAACCUGGGGGCCAUCCUAUAUCAAGCCUUUAACUUUGGAAUUUUCAUCAUUUCAGUUCUUCCAUAUAGCACAAUAUCUUGUGCUAUAUAAUCUCUUAAGCACCCUUUCUUCAAAAUAACUCCCAGUGAACCAUUGGAACAUUUCUGAACAGAUAUUAGAUGCAUAGUUUAUAGCAGGGGCGUCAAAUUCAAGGCCCGUGGGCCAGAUCUGGCAUGCAAUGUGGUCAGAUCCGGCCCGCAGGGCUGUCCUGGUCCACCCAAUGUGAAGAGGAAAGAUCAGACCAGCCUGGCUUCGGCCCAGUCUACCCAAUGCGGAAACAGGCCAGUAGUUUGGGGAGUGGUGUCAAGCUGGCCACACCCACCCAGUCGGCCACACAAACACACCCCGAGGUCAACCGCAGCCCUGAUGUGGCCCUCAAUGAAAUUGAGUUUGACACCCUUGGUUUAUAGCAUGUGUUACUACCCGGAUGCAAAAAUUAGUUUUAAAUGAAGAAUUCAGAUUCCUAAGACUUUUCUCUGGAAUUGCUGAAAAUUAUGGAGGUGCAGCCCAACCAGUGGUGACAUGUAAAAUUUAUUACUACCGGUUCUGUGGGCGUGGCUUGGUGGGGGUUAGGGUUAGGGUUAGGCCAAAGAGGUUGCAGAAAAAAUGCUUUUAAAAGGCUCUGACGAUCCCAGCUGAGCCACGAGAUCAUCAGAGGCUUUUUUUUUUAACUUUUAAAAGCAUUUUUUCAGCUGAAGAAAAAAUGCUUUUAAAAGUUAAAAAAAAAAACCUCUGAUGAUCGCGUGGCUCAGCUGGGCAUGGGGAGGGCCAGGGAUUUUUGCUACUGGUUCUCUAAACCACCCGCUGCUAUCGCUAGCAGAUCAGGCAAUCUGGUCCAAACCAGCAGCAUUUCACUCGAGCCCAACACAUCUAAAGGACAUACAACUGGAAAAGACUGAGGACCCAGCUUAUUGGGGGGGCAUAUGUUGAGGGUCGGAACAGCAUUGCAGUUCUCCUCCGCAGGCUGGCGGGGGGGGCAGGGGAGGAGACAGGACGGAUGCCUCCUGCAGCACCUUGCUGGCCAAAAUGGGGCACGAGAGGGCCGCAUGCAGCUCCCCUGCACCUUGUUUUCAUCUUCCAUGGCCUCCUGAAGCACCUUGCCAGCCGAAAAUGGGCUGUUUUUGGACAGCAGAGGCACCACAGGCCAAGUCCUUUGAUAUUUCCAGGCCGGCCCCGCAGGCCGGAUUUCAGCACCCCGCAGGCCUUGAGUUUGACAUCCCUGAUCUACACUCUCUCUUUGCAAUAGUUUGUUACCAAACAAUUGUUCAAGAUUGUUUGGGAUUAUAUGCCCUAGUUGAAGAGGGACAGUCAUUAACUUGAUGCAGUUUUGGUCUGAUGGGCUGUCCAGUCUAUACCUGUUUUAAAGGGUCUGGUUACAGAGGAGGGAAAGGAGACUUCAAGCAGACCAUCCAGAAGGAGGGAACCAAGUCAACUAAUCACCACCGCGUGGUGAGACCUCAAGGCAACCUAUAUUUGUAUUAGAAAUCUUCUUUUUCCUUAGCUUUCACCCAGAUUUAUAAAGAAGCGCAUGCAGACAUGUAUAUUUCUUUUCUCUUUUGUUGGUUGGUGAUCUUAUUUUUUUAUUAUUUUUAUUUCUGCCAUGUAUUCUUUUGUGGUCCGUUCCCUUUUUCAUCUAACUUUGUUUUAAAAUUAAAAGCUUCAGGCAAGCCUGUUUUAGUUGAUUUUUAUCUCUCCAGAAUGUAAUGUGAGGUCAGUGUUGAACAAAUAUAUUACUAGUAAUCUAGGUUUUACAUUGAUUUAAAACAUGCAUAGCCCUCUCUGCCAUUAAGAUGCAGA